GUGUCACCUCCAGCCCCCUCUCCCCCAUUCCACGUCCUUAAGAGGAGAACCCCGGUUCUAAGAAGGUAUUGUGGGCCAGGGGUCCUGGAGCAUCGGACGGCCUGGCCUCACAGGCAGCACCCUGCCCCCCUGCCCCUGCUUCCCUGGGUUUCAAGAGGAGAGCAGCCAGCAUGCAUGUCCCCGAGAGCCUCCAGGACCUGGCGGACAGCGAGGCAGUGCAGUUUCUGAAGAGACCAAAGGUCAUGGGGAGGAUCUGCGCAGGGAUCUUCUCCCUGGUGGUUUUCUCCUCCCUGCUGACCGACGGCUUCCAGAACAAGACGAACUCCUCGCAGCUGCACUGCAUCUUCAACCACAACCCCGUGGCCUGCAACUUCGCUGUGGGCGCCGGCCUGCUGGCCUUCCUCAGCUGCCUGGGCUUCCUGCUCCUGGAUGCCCAUGAGGACCGAAUUGCCAGCUCCCGCUUCAAGACGGCCUUCCAGCUCCUGGACUUCAUCGUGGCCGCCCUCUGGGUCGGCGUCUGGUCCGUGGGCUUCUGCUUCCUGGCCAACCAGUGGCAGCACUCGCAGCGCCCGAACCUCCAGCUGGGGAGCGGCAGCGCCAAGGCGGCCAUCGCCUUCUCUUUCUUCUCCACCUUUGUCUGGUUAUUCCAGGCCUGUGUGGCCUUCCAGGAGCUCCGAGAGGAUGUCCCGGUCCCCUACAAGCGCUCCCUGGAUGAGGGGACCGUGGUGCUGACCACCCUGUCCCCGCCCUCAGCUGGCAGCCCCACCAGCAACACCAACUCCUCCACCGGCAUCGGCAUCUCCAGCAGCCUGACCUACACCAGCUCCGUCCUGUCCCCGUACCUGAGCACGCCCAAGGCCCCCCGCCUCGCCAUGAUGCCCGACAACUGAGCCCUCAGUAAAGAGGCAGCUCCCGACAGGGGGUCUGCUGCAGCCCUGUCGUGCUCUGUCUGUUACGCUCUGCCCCUCCACGGUCACCUUGCGCUUCGACACCCGCCCAAAGCACACCUGGUCCCGACUCAACACCGACCGACCAGUAGGACCAACAAGAAGGCCGCAGCAGGGUCUUACCGAAGUCCGCUGUGGCAUCUUUCUUCUUGGGUGCCCACCUCUCUGUGAGCAGCUCGGUGCUUCACUGCUGCACCACCAGGGCUCCGUAGGCACUCUACAGAGGGUCCUACCCCCAUACUGUCCUUCAGUGCCACACGCCUGAGACUCCCACCCUACAAUAAAACCCCUAAACAGC